UACGUAUUGAUUACUUAUACAUUCGAUCAUUCUGAGUUGGACCAUGGACCUAUCCAGAUGGAGGAAGUGGUGAUGAUGUACGUCAUAGUAUAAACAGAUGCUUCUGAUCAGCAAAGGGAAAUAAGACAGACUUUUACUACACAUUAUACUUCAUCUAUUAAAGCAGUUACUUGUUUUCUAUAGCCUAAAUUAUUUAUCCGGCCAUAUUGAGAGGCACCCUUACGAACAAAAUUGUUUCAACAUCCCAUGCACGCAGCGUAUCAUCGAGUAUUGCGAGAACGGUGAACAAUUUCCAGUUUAAUCGAUACGCGUAUUUUCUGUGCUGGAUAUGAUUUAUUAAAAGGUCUGGCCAAACUUUUACAUCAUAUUGCAAGAAUGGAACAUUAUUUUAUGCUUAUUGUGGGCCUGAUUGCUUCAACGGGUAUACCAACAUUUGCAGAGACCCUGGAAUUUCAAGAUAUCUUAACUUGUGAGCAUGGAGACGGGAAUCACACCUCACCCCUCGACCUGACAUGUCCGAAUCGUGAUCAUCCCUUCAGCUGCAAGACGGAGGAGAAGACUUGCCGAUGCGAUUCAAACUGUUUCUUCUUUGAAGAUUGUUGUCCAGACAUUGAAGGAAACGCCCCUAUAAGUAACCGUAGUAACUUGUUCAACAAAUUAUUCAAGCCUUAUAUAACAUGCAGUGGUGUAAUUGUAACAUACUACAGUGAUGUACCUCCAACUAACUCAUCAUAUAUGUAUUACUUAAUCUCAAAAUGCCCUGAAUACGUUUCAUCGGAAAGUACGGUUAAACAGAACUGCGAAUUGUCAUCUGAUGCAGGUUCUGAUGUCAUGAUCACCCCAAUAUACGUGAGAGGCGUUGGUCACUUUAAGAAUAUAUAUUGUGUUGUAUGCCAUGGAAUUAAACCUCAACCUAGUGAUUUACAUGUAUGGAGGUGGAAUUGGGAUUGUGAGCGCGAUGUUAUUGUUGGAGACGGAAGUGAAUACAGUACGACCGAUACUGAGUUUGAUGAACCUGAGAUUCCACCCAACUUUGACUUCAAAGGGGCAGGAUGCAAACAUUAUUUGAAAUACACGGAAAACUUUUCUGCGCAAGAAUGUGUAAGAGUUGAUGUUUCCAUGUGUUCAUCUAGCUUUUCCUCCAAGUACAGAGCGCAAGUCAAAUGUCCACCUUAUCUUGCUCCCAUCAAAUAUCAUGGUACUACAUACAAGAACUUAGCAUGCCUCUAUUGCAAUGUCAAAGAAGAUGAGGUGGAUAUAUGUACAGAGAAAGAACUUUUAUGUAGGUCAGUAGAACCACCUCAAAGAGUGUCAGGUGAGAAGACUGGAAUAGGAAGUUUAUCAGAUUAUUUCGUAUUCGGAAACAAUGCUGCCUUUCGAAGAUGUUUGUGCAAACCAGAUCAAUUUUUCAAUGAAGAAACAAGGCAAUGUCAGGAUAUCCACUGUCCGCACCCCUUUUCUGAGUACAGCACUAAAAGUAAGGUUUGUGAAGAUUUGGCCCAAGGAUUUAAUACACGUUUGUCAUUUAAUGCAUGUGGUAACCCUCAAACAAGCUUACUUUCAUUGGAAGAUACAACAGUCCUCUGGGAGAUAGUAGACUCUCUCAUUCUGGAUGUUCCAUAUAACACACUAUCCGUUAUCCGCCAUGAUCGGAGCAGAAUUUACUGCAACAAUAUCGAUGGACACAUCGACAGUAUUGGUUGUAUUAGUGGUGCAAAGGAGAUCGAGUGUCGUGUCUAUUUUCAGUAUGAAAAGGACUCUUUACCUGAUACGAAAAUAAACCACAGUGAACAUUGUUCUUCUGACGGACUAUUGAUCGGCAAUUCAUCCUACCAACAUUUACCAUCAUUUGGCAACAUCUGUGUGACAAGUAUAGCUUUAAGAGUAGAACUAGGCUGUGAGAUUAUGUUUUCUACCGAGAACGAAUGUUCUUCAGAACUUUUUCAAAGAACGAACGCUACCCGGGACUCUACCAUGUCUAGUGAAAUACUUAGUAUCGUAUCAUUGAUAGGAAGUAUUUUCUCAAUGAUUGCUUUGCUCUUUGUCAUCAUCACGUAUUCUAUGUUUUCGAAACUCCGCACCCUAGCAGGAAAAUCACUCCUUUGCCUGUGUUCCGCACUCUUCGUAUCAUAUUUAUUGAUAGCUUUAGGAAAUGUUAGCAGGAACAUCCGUACCCUCUGCAUCGUCGUGGCCGUCUUCAAUCACUUCUUCUUGCUCUCAUUUUUCUUCUGGAUGAACGCUCUUGCUCUCGACUUCUGCCGGACUUUUGGCACAUGCGCCACAUUAAAAAGGAGGAGUUACUCCCAAAAGUCGUUCAUCAAAUUUUCUCUUUAUGCCUGGGGCACGCCAGCAGCUAUUGUUGGUGUUGGCCUCUUCAUCGAUAAGUUUACCAGCCUUGACUAUGCGUACGGAAGCAGCAACCAUGGUGGUGGUGAAAUAUGUUGGUUGAACGCUAAUUGGUAUUCAGUUUUAUUUGGCGUUGGCCUACCUAUGGCAGGACUCUUAAUCAUGAAUGUGGCUUUGUUCAUUGAUACUGUAAUAGGAAUAAAACAACAAAAGAAGGCAGGUGAGAUGGCAAGGAAGUCAGAAAGUUCUGCUGUACAGAAAACUGCCAAGGAGGUUUUGCUUUUCAUUAAGAUUUGUAGCGUGAUGGGACUGACCUGGCUUUUAGUCUUUAUUAAAGGCUUUGUUGAUAAUAUCUGGCUCUCUUAUUUCUUUGUUGUCGUCAACUCUCUUCAGGGUGUCUACAUACUAAUAACGUUCGGUCGGAGUAGAAAAAUCAACACCCUUUGGAAAGAAAAAUUGGGUAUUAAAACAUGCAGCCCCAAAUCAAGUAACCGGACAACUAACUAUACAAGGUUCUUUAAAUCUAGUUCAAGCAAGGAUGAAAGCUUAUGAAAUGGGGGAAAAUUUUGGUGAAAAAGUAACCUGGGCCAUAUUUGCCUGAUUUAAAUUUGCAACGAUCAUCGUAAUAAUUUUCAGCCUAUGAAGUACACAUUAAAGUGCUUAAUUCCUUUGAUUUUUGGUAGGGAAUGUUAAUAUCCCCCUAGGCUUCUUAUUAUGAUAAUAUUGUAAUGUAAUAAGUGCUAUAUUGUAUAUAAAGCGCAUUGAAAUAUUAAUGGAAUGCGCUAUAUAAAUCUUACUUGUAUUGUAUUGAAGGGACAUUGUAAAUAUAUAUAAGAAUAUAAAAGUGUUAUUUAUUUGUCCAUGAAAUGGAAAUUCGUAUUGUUUACAUGUGGUUGUUAGAAACAUAAUUAGAUGCAAUUUAUUGUAUGGAAUUAUAGAAAUGCAAAAACAAAAAUAAACAUGUAUAUUAUAUGAUUAUAAGAGAAUAAUUAUAGCCUUCAAAAAUAUGCUUCAUAAGAAUAUUUGACAAAAUGAUUUGAUUGCAAUUAUGGGGAUAUUUUGGUCUUUAUUAGAUUGAUUUAAUUAUAAAGGUGAUAUAGAUAACAUUUCAAUAAAUCCCUAUCGUUUCAGAUUUUGAAUUAUGAUUUCAAUUUGAUUCGUAAAUUAUCUAAUUCGAAAUUGCUACGGACAGAGCGCUUACGCAUACGAUGGUGUAUGUUAGAUGUCGUAGAGGGACCAGAAAUCGCAAUUACACUGUCAUGACUGUCCUGGUCGUACAUCUGUCUUUAAGGUGAACCUUAAAGGACAAGUCCACCCCAACAAAAACUUGAUUUGAAUAAAAA